AUGGUUCCAGCGGAAGUGUUGAAAGAGUUCCGCAACCUGUUUUCACCAGAGGAGGCCAUGAAGCUGCCGCCACACCGGCCAGGUGUGGACCACGAGGUAAACUUGCAGCCUGACAAGAAUGGCAACGAGCCGCCCCUGCCAUGGGGACCGCUCUACAACAUGUCACGCGAAGAGUUCUCGGCGGCCGCAGCGCCGGUGCUGUUCCGCGACCGAUACCCGCUGCCACUCAUCGCCGAGACGUUGCAGAACUUGGCCAAGGCCAAGUGGUUUACCAAGUUGGACGUCGUAGCCGCCUUCCACAAAAUCCGCAUGGCCCCCGGGCACGAAUGGAAGACGGCAUUCCGCACGAGGUUCGGGCUCUACGAGUGGCUCGUGUGCCCCUUCGGCCUAAGCGGCGCCCCGGCAUCGUUCCAACGAUACAUGAACAGCGUGUUGCGCGAGUGGCUGGAUGAUUUCGUCACGGCGAACCUAGACGAUGUAUUGAUCUACUCGAGUGGUUCAAAGGCCGAUCACGAGGCCAAGGUGCGAAAGGUUCUCCAAGCACUCGCUGACGCCGGCCUACAUCUAGACCCAGCGAAGUGCGAGUUCUCAGUACAAGAGGUCAAGUACCUUGGAUUCAUUGUCAAUGCAGGGAAGGGAAUCGCGUGCGACCCCGAGAAGCAGCACGCCAUCCGCGAAUGGGAAGCCCCUACCACGGUGAAGGGUGUCAGAAGCUUUCUGGGCUUCGCCAACUACUACAGGAUCUUCAUCCCCGACUACGCUAGGAUCACUCAGCCGUUAGACGCCCUGCUGAAGAAAGGAACUGCCUUAUGUUGGGGGCGGGCGGAGAACGAGGCGUUUCAUGAACUGAAGCGACGAUUUUGUGAGUCGCCCGUGCUCAAGCAGUGGGACCCGAGUCUGCAGACAUUCUUGGAGACGGACUGCUCAGGCUAUGCAUUGGGAGGCGUCCUGGCGCAAGAGGACCAAGAUGGACGUCGACACGCGUGCGCCUUCUUCUCGAAACGACUUUCACCAGCAGAGUACAACUAUCCAAUCCACGACAAGGAGAUGCUCGCCAUCAUGAGAUGCCUCGAUAAUUGGAGUGCCGAGCUCAGAAGCUGCGGCUCAUUCACAAUCCUCACCGAUCACCGCAACCUGGAGUAUUUCAUGACACGCCAGAAGCUCACGGAACGGCAGAGCCGUUGGGCAGCCGAAUUGUCCCAGUUCGACUUCAAGCUCGAGUAUCGACCGGGAAGCGAGGCCGCCGUGCCCGAUGCGUUGUCCCGCCGUGAACAAGACAAGCCACAGGGCAUCGACGACGAGCGGGAACAAGGAAGAAUGAUACAGUUGAUACCGGACAGUGCGAUUUCGUCAUCGACAAGAGCACGUAUCAACGCGAUGAGUUCUGACUGUUCAGAAACUUCUACCCUGCCGGAGAUGAAGGUCUUCGAGGAAGCGGACCUGCAGCAACUCUGGGACGGAACGGUGGAGAAGGAUUCGAUAUUCCGAGCAGCCUAUAAAGCAGUCCGCGAUCGCGAGCGUGUCUUCCCACCCUCGCUGGGCCUGAAGAUACAGAUUUCAGAAUGUGCGAUCGAUGCCGGUAAGAGGCUGACAUUUAGGGACCGCAUCUGGUCGCAUGACUCCGUUGCGACGGGUCACCCCGGCAGAGAAGGAACGCUGGCAAUCGUGGCUCGGCGAUUCUACUGGCCUGGGCAGUCCCAGCUGGUUCGCCGGUUUGUGGCCAAUUGCGACACCUGCGGCCGAGCACACGUCUGGCGACAGUCAAAAAGGGGAUUUCUCAAGCCCCUGCCAAUUCCAGAUCGACCUCGAAGCCAUCUGUCCAUGGACUUCAUCACGGAUCUCCCGCCGACUGGACUGAGCAAGGCAAGGCACCUAUGGGUAAUUGUGGACAGACUGACGAAGGCGGUGACCCUGGAGGUGAUGGACACCAUGGAGGCCGAGGCGUGCGCGAAGCGUUUCCUCCUAUGCCAUUAUCGAUUCCACGGAAUGCCACGAUCCAUCGUCAGCGACCGUGGGAGCAACUGGCUGAGCAGAUUUUGGAAGAGGUUCUGCCACCUUGCUGGCGUUACGCAGAAAUUGAGCACCGCUUAUCACCCCCAGACGGACGGAGGGCCGGAGAGAAUGAACCAGGAGAUUGAGGCCUACCUGAGAGCCUACGUCUCGUACGCCCAGGACGACUGGGGAGAGCUGCUUCCCGCCGCGCAGCUGGGGCUCAACAAUCGGGAACCCGCGACGACCAAAAUCAGCCCCUUUUCGUGGAGCAUGGAUUUCACGUCGACCCAAUAA